AUGAGAUCUACAAGAUCAUCAGGUAACUACUCGCAGGUGGAGAAGCAACUAAGAUGUUCCGAAACAUUUGAAGAAAUAGAUCCGGAGGUAGCGGUUUCUAAGAGAUUCGGUCAUCUUUGUAAAAAUGAACGUGUGUUUGUUGAUCAAGUGACUGAUGCUUUAAAACAUUUUUAUGAUGGAUCUUGGGAAGAGAAUCAGGCGACAACUCUAACAGCCUCUCUCUCUUUCUCACCUUGGAUCUCACCUUCCUUCAACAUAACUUCAUAUUUUUUACGCUCUUUUUUUAUAUCGGCUAAACCUUUAACCUCGGCUUCCUUCAACAAACUUCAUACUUUUCAAUAUUUGUCCUCCAUAAACACUGUCAGACAUGCAAUUGUUCGCCUGUUGUCGUGA